AUUCUCUCUCAUCAUUCCUCGGAGACCAAAAAAACUUUUUUCACAAAAAUGUCGAGGAAAACUCUUUUAGCUGUGGCUGCUCUUCUCCUCCUCAUCUCGCUAACUUGCGCAUCACGCCCGGUGCCGGCGCAUCCUAGCGACUCCUCGCACCAAACCCAACAAGGGAUCUUUGAUGAAGAGAACAUAGAUGGGAAUGAAGGGUGUGAUGGAGUUGGAGAGGAGGAAUGCUUGAUGAGAAGGACGCUUGUUGCCCACACAGAUUACAUCUAUACACAGUCAAAGAAGCCUUGAAAUUAUGACAUUGUCUUCUUAUUUAUCUAAAUUAGCAUAAUAAUAAUAAUAUUAUUAUUAUUAUUAUUGUUAUUAUUAUUAACAGUAUUUAAUUACUAGUACUUGGUUGUGCAUGGAUUUGGUUUCUUGUUUUUGGGUUUGGUUUGGCAAGGGUGUCAAUGUGUUAGUUUUGCUGUGUGGAGAGAUAGUGGGGAAGAAAAUCAACCGUUGAAAUGUGAUGAUGGGGUAGUGAAAUGUUAAGGGUUUCUUUUAUGUUCAUUGCUAUGUAAGGAGGUGGGAAGGAUUAUGAUCGAGUGCACCCUUGUACAUUAUAGAUAGUGUAUGCUGUUGGUUUCAAGCUAUUAGAUUGCACUUAAAAGUGUGUUUUUGA